UUCAUUAACAAUGAGUGGCAGAACUCGGAGAGCGGGCGAGUGUUUCCUGUCUAUAAUCCAGCUACAGGAGAACAAGUGUGCGAGGUUGAAGAGGCAGACAAGGCAGACAUAGACAGAGCUGUGCGGGCAGCCCGCCUGGCCUUCUCUCUUGGCUCAGUGUGGAGGAGGAUGGAUGCGUCCGAGCGAGGCCGCCUGCUGGACAAGCUGGCGGACUUGGUGGAGCGGGACCGAGCGAUUCUUGCAACCAUGGAGUCCCUCAACGGUGGCAAACCGUUCCUCCAAGCGUUUUACGUGGAUUUGCAGGGCGUCAUCAAAACCCUUCGGUAUUACGCAGGCUGGGCUGAUAAAAUCCACGGCAUGACCAUUCCAGUAGAAAGCAGCACCAGAGCGCUUUCCCGCCGUGACCCCAGUCUGCUUUCCCAGUGGAACUUCCCGCUGCUCAUGUUUGCCUGGAAGAUCGCUCCGGCUCUGUGCUGCGGCAACACCGUGGUGAUAAAGCCGGCGGAGCAGACGCCGCUCAGCGCGCUCUACAUGGGAGCCCUGAUCAAGGAGGCGGGCUUUCCACCUGGAGUGAUCAAUAUCCUGCCUGGAUAUGGGCCGACAGCCGGCGCGGCGAUUGCUUCUCACGUUGGCAUAGACAAGAUUGCAUUCACGGGCUCUACCGAGGUUGGAAAGCUCAUCCAAGAGGCAGCUGGGAGGAGCAACUUGAAGAGAGUAACUCUGGAACUUGGAGGCAAAAGUCCCAAUAUUAUCUUUGCAGAUGCAGACCUGGACUACGCGGUGGAGCAGGCGCACCAGGGCGUGUUCUUCAACCAGGGCCAGUGCUGCACGGCCGGCUCGCGCAUCUUCGUGGAGGAGCCGGUCUACGAGGAGUUCGUGCGGAGGAGCGUGGAGCGCGCCAAGCGGCGCAUCGUGGGGAGUCCCUUCGACCCCGCCACCGAGCAGGGCCCGCAGAUCGACAAGAAGCAGUAUAACCGGGUUCUGGAGCUCAUCCAGAGCGGCGUGGCCGAGGGCGCCAAACUGGAGUGUGGCGGCAAGGGCCUGGGCCGGAAGGGCUUUUUCAUUGAACCCACCGUGUUUUCCAACGUCACAGACGACAUGAGGAUUGCCAAGGAGGAGAUCUUUGGUCCCGUUCAGGAGAUUCUGAGGUUCAAGACGAUGGAUGAAGUCAUUGAAAGAGCCAACAGCACGGACUUCGGGCUUGUGGCCGCCGUCUUCACUAACGACAUCAACAAGGCUCUCACGGUUUCUUCUGCAAUGCAGGCUGGGACUGUAUGGAUCAAUUGCUACAAUGCCCUCAACGCCCAGAGCCCCUUCGGGGGCUUCAAGAUGUCUGGGAGCGGGAGAGAAAUGGGAGAGCUGGGCCUACGCGAGUACUCGGAAGUUAAGACGGUCACCGUCAAGAUUCCGCAGAAGAACUCCUAGGAGGCAGGAGCAAGCAGCGUGGUCUGCAGCCUGAUGCCUGGACCGAAGCGGCUUUCCAAGCCCUUCCGCGAAUGCCCUGGUCUCCCCUCGUAGUGCAUCCACCCCGACGUGCCCAUUAACCAGCUAGUUUUCUUUGAACUGCAAUAUAGAAUGUGAAAAUGAAGAUUUAUUUCUUUUAAUUUACUUAAGAAGAAGCCUGUGCUAGCAAUAAAGCAUUUAUA